AUGCUAUUCAUUAGUCGUCGAAAUCUGCCCUCUUUGAACUGGGGUGCUGAUAUGUACGCCAUGGCCUUGAAGGAGCUUGAGCGCCUUGACGCGUGGGAUAGUCCCAUGCUCGACCCGUUGUGGGAUCUUCCCACGCUGCCUGACAUCACAGAGGAUCUCAUGUCCCUCGUGGGCGAAGAAGACUUCCCGACUUCAGCUGUCGAUGAAGAAAAAGACCUCGAUGGAAGAAGUUAUUCGUUUUCUGAGGGUUCGCAAGCUCCCUUAUCCCCGGACGACUCCGCCUUGAACCCAUCACCGGAUCCUGAACCUCGCUCAAUGGACCCGUUGGACUUGAAUUUGAACCUUCAAGUGCGGCCAGUUCUUCUCUCGGGCUGUGCCAUUUGCCCAAAGCAGGAUGGUCUUAUUGAUUGCGGGACUUGUCGUGCCAUGACAUACUGCAGUGAUGAGCACCUACUGCUGGACCGCCCUUCGCAUGAGAAGAUUUGCAACCCCAUUCAAGCUGCUCGCGAGAGAGCUGAAGAAUGGAGACUGAAGCUGGAGUCCUGUUCUACUCAGCCCUUCCGCAGAAACCUCGGACAUCUCCACUUGAUCCCCGAAGCCCAGCCCUACUUGGCUGAACUAUCUAAUUUGAUCGCAUUACACGAGCCUAUCAGACAUCGUACCGCCGUUGAAAGACAGCUUGUUUGGGCCUGUCACAUCAUGUACAUGAGUGGAAUCGACAGCAAUGGUUACAGGUUCAAGGUCCCCGCUCUGAUGAUGCGCAUCAACAGAGACCAAGAGUGUUACGACUUCAUGAAGUGGCACGCCAAUCAAACGGGGGAACCCGUGCACAAGACUGCUUUCGACUACCUGAGCUGCCGAUUCGGAAACCCCAUCAUCAUCGACCCGAUCAUUCCUAACCCCCGCAAAGAUUUUGUUGGCUACAAACAGGAGGAUAUCUUCGAAUCAAUCAAAGUCUUUAAGCCCGAGACACCCAUCAUGACAUUGAUCCCCUUGUGCCUGGUGAAGAUCCGAUUCUUGUUUGAUAUCCAACGACUGAACCUGGCAAUCCGCGCAUUCGGCAACAAGCUCGGCGGCGAAGUCUUCGACCUUGUUUUGAAGAACGUCCCAUUCACCAAGCAGAUCGCCGAAAACGAGGCCCUGACCAAAAGUGCCGUCGCACGCUUUGAGGCAAUGAAGACCCUGUUGGGACAGGCUCUACAGCUCUACCGCAAGGUCAAGGGCAUGAAUCCCUUGGUUUGGAAAGGAAUGGUGUGGUCGAUGCGAGGGGACAUUCAGUGGCCGGGGGAGGAACAUACCUUGGAGGAGGAGAUGAAAGCCCAGGUGAAGAUGAAUUGGGAAUCGUGGAUCGAGACUCCCGGGGCGAUCGCUCUUCUCGAGAGAAUCAUGAUCGAAGCAGGAGAUCUCUGA